UCUCGGAAAAAACCGCACCAACGACAUAACUGCGUUCAGGUCUGUCCUGAGACUCACGCCUUCGUUCCCAACGAAUCCUCAUUACGAGAUCCUUUGUCAAAUGAUCAGGGAGCUCUCGGCCGUGCCACCAUUCUGCGUUCCGAACUAUCACAAGAUCUUCGAAGAUGCCUCGGUUCCUAUAGAGGCGGCCCAUCUAUACGAUGCGGUCACGCUAUGGGCACGCGCCACCACAGCCGCUAUGAGGGCAGGCCUAUCCCACACUGACGGAGCUACCAUCAUGAAGUUACUGCGACCCACCACUUAUCGUUCAGUGCAGGGGUUUGAUGUUAACAUGGACUCCGCCGGCGAUGCAGAGGGUAAUUAUACCGUCAUCGGUCUUGUGGAGGAUUCCACUGCUCUCGCGGGGUGGAGCGCGCAGCCUGUCGCCACGUUCAGAUAUGUGAACAGUACUGACGUGUUACCCGAACUAGUUGGAGCAUCGAACAUAGUCUGGAUAGGAGGCAGCCCCCCACUCGCCGAGCCCCCCUGUGGGUUCGACGGAAAGAAGUGCUCCCUAUCCCACAACCCCGUAUUCAUCAUAGCUGCCAGCGCUGCAGCUUGUGCAGCACUCCUCGCAGCGGUUCUGCUAAUACGACAUUACAGAUACGAGCAGAAACUCGCUUCGGUGCUGUGGAGGAUUGAGGCCAAAGAUUUAACGUUUAUUUCAACACAGAAUGGACACAUUGCCAAGUCUCAUCAAGGAGUGGAAGCAGGACGGUCUCACACAACGAUAGCUGUGUAUCGCACCAACAUCGUUGCCGUCAAACGACUGCAGAAAAAGAGUAUAGACGUCACAAGAGCCAUCAAGAAGGAGUUGCAACAGAUACGCGAGCUCCGUCACGAAAACUUGGUUACCUUCGUCGGGGUCUGCGUCGAAGCUGGUUCCUCCUGCAUCGUCUCAGCGUACUGUUCAAGGGGGUCUUUGUCGAGGGUCCUGGCCGACCGAGAUCUGCGCUUGGACGACAUGUUCGUUGCCAGUCUUGUAGCGGACUUACUCCGAGGCCUCAUGUACUUGCACGACUCGCCUCUGAUAUCACACGGGAACCUUACGUCCAGCAAUUGCUUGGUGGACAGCCGAUGGGUGCUGCAAAUCGCUGAUUAUGGACUCCAUGUAUUAAAAAGUGGUUGUAUAGACCAAGAAGACGCAUUGCUCAUGGAACGCCGGAUGCUGUGGAGAGCUCCAGAACUUCUCCGGGACCCAGAACCACCACCGCGAGGCUCGCAGAAAGGAGACGUCUACUCUUUCGGCAUCAUCUUGUACGAAAUACUUGGUCGGAAAGGGCCCUGGGGAGAUACGGAUCUUACCAACGCUGAAAUUAUUGGGCGCGUACGACAUCCUAUCGGAGGAGUAUUGUUCAGGCCUCCCCUCAAUGGAGUCGCCACACGACCGUCGGUGCUUGCCGUACUCAAAGCCUGCUGGUGCGAGAGACCCGACCUAAGACCAGAUCUCAGGCUAGUGAGACUACGUUUGAAGGACAUGCAAGCUGGAAUGAAAACGAACAUAUUCGACAACAUGCUCGCCAUGAUGGAGAGGUACGCUUCGAACUUGGAGACUCUGGUCGCGGCCCGCACGGAACAACUCGCGCAAGAGAAGAAGAAGAUCGAUGACUUGCUGAACAGAAUGCUACCCAGGACCAUCGCGGACGCUGUGAAGCGCGGCGAAAGAGUAAAGGCAGAGAGUUACAAAUGCGUCACCAUUUACUUCAGCGAUAUCGUCGGCUUCACCAAAAUGGCGGCCACUAACACGCCAAUGAAGGUUGUCGAGAUUUUAAACGACCUCUACACGUGCUGCGACGAAAUAAUAUCCUACUACAAUGUUUUUAAGGUGGAAACAAUAGGAGAUGCAUACAUGGUUGUGGGAGGUCUACCAGAACGCUAUUCGAGACAUGCCACCGAAGUGGCCUCACUCGCAUUACACGUGCUGGAAGCGGUCCCGAAAAUAAGAAUGAGGAGAAUUCCAACUGAAAGACUUCAUAUCAGGAUCGGUAUUCACAGUGGUCCGUGCGCUGCCGGAGUGGUAGGAAUCAAGAUGCCCCGAUACUGCCUCUUCGGGGAUACAGUAAACACGGCGUCUCUAAUGGAAUCCACCGGAGAACCUGAAAGGAUACACAUCAGCAACGAUACAUAUCUGCUCUUGAAGCAGGCCGGCGGAUACCACUUCAGAGAACGUGGCGUUAUAGAUGUCAAGGACAAAGGAGAGAUGAAGACGUGGUGGCUGAUUGGGGAGGAUCACGACAGGAGGAGGAAUUAUUUGAGAUUUCAACCAGGUCUAGAGCCGUACACAGAUGACCCGGAGCCCUGGCUGGGACCGACUCGUUCCGUGAUCAGUAUCCGCGACCGAGCCCGGCUGUCGUGUGGCAGCUCGGCGGGCCCGCUCUCCUCCGUGUCGUCCCCCGGUCCCCCAACAUGCGCGUGCUUCGUGUCCCUCCGUGACCGCCACUCGGCCCCCGCCGUCUCGUUCCGCGAAUAACGCUUAGACAACAACGCCAAUAUUAGCGUCAAUGUAGAUUCUAACGAGACCAAGGUUUCGGGUGGCAACGAUUUUUACAAGAUACAUUGUGAGUCUGUCAUUAAUGUUUGUGAUGACGUAGCGAUGAGAGCUAGGACGCUGGCCGCUUUCAAACGUUUGUACUGUACCGAAUAUGAAGGUGCUUUGCUUUAAUGUAUGUCAAUGAAGUUUAGGUUUUAAGUGUCUUUUAAAAUGUCUUAUAACUAUAGUAGAAUUAUUUUGUCCGUGCAGUUUGGGUCAUAAAACAUAGCCCGGCUAGGGCGGUGAGCAUGUUCCGCUGGCGCAACGCCAUUAUCGAUAAAAACAAAUAAGUCAUCGAAGGCAGGUACACGGCGACGGGAAGGGUCCAGAAGUCAUUUGUACUUACUUACAUGCAAAUUAUAGUACAUUAUGUCGAAGAGAAAUGUGUUUUUAUGCAUUCGUUCUCUGAAUUUCUAUAAUGACACAAUCGCUACUCUUUUGUUUUGUAUCAAAACGGCAGAAUUUAUUCUAAAUAAUAUUUGCACGUGUUGUUAUCAACAAUGUGUUAUAAAUUUUCACUGAAAUAAGAAUAGAUCCAGAAAAGUUAGAAAAUGUUAAUUUCUGCCGUUCUCGUUAACUUGCUGCGGCGAUAUGUGGUGUAAGUGUUCGAUUAGUGAUUUUUUCUUUCAUUUUUAUCACAAACCCACAAAACUAAAUACACUAUCGAUAACGCUUAUCGACAACAAUAAUGCGCAUCACUAUGCCCGUCCAUAAGGCUCGUGAGUGGAAGAGAGAGCGAAAUACUCGCUUCACCGCUCCGAUUUUUUAUUACCCAAACUGCACGGACAAAAUAAUUCUACUAUAGUACUGGUGGUAAGACCUCUUGUGAGUCCGCGCGGGUAGGUACCACCGCCCUGCCUAUUUCUGCCGUGAAGCAGUAAUGCGUUUCGGUUUGAAGGGUGGGGCAGCCGUUGUAACUAUAUUUGAGACCUUAGCGCUUAUAUCUCGAGGUGGGUUGAGCAUUUACGUCGUAGAUCUCUAUGAGCUCCAGUAACUACUUAACACCUGGUGUGCUGUGAGCUCGUCCACCUAUCUAAGCAAAAAAAAAAAGUUUAAAGUGAGUCAGAAAAAAAUGUUACUUAAGUGUGUGGUGAUGGUUCUUGUUUUUAUACUGUUAAUAUUACUAUUUAAAAUCUACAUACGUAAGCGACGGAGCUCAUAAAUAUUAAGUGCUUAUUCUGUGAACCGAGCUUCGGUCAGCUCACUGUGUUAUUUUACUUUCCAAAUUCCAAUAUAAAUUUCAAAAUCCUAAUUCUAAUUCCAAAUAACUUUGAUAACACUAUAAAACAAAGUAAAUAAUGUGAUUUAAACAAAAUAUAUUACGGGCCGCAAUGAAGACAGGCUUAUCUCCCUUAUUUUCACAUUUCGUACAAGUAUGUUUAGUGGAAAUGAAUAUUAUUGUUUUCAGAAUCUUUGUGUAGCUAUAAAAGGGUUUUUCGAAUUCAGAUCCCUGUUAAUAUAAACUCAAAACAAUAAACGGUUUCCAGGUAAACCGUAUGUGUAACAGAUUAAUUUACGUAAGAAAUUGUGUAUUAGGCCCGUUCAAAUUCCAACGCGUGGGCUUAGAAUCCUAGCUCAAGAAUGAAGGCAAAUUAAAUGCAAUACCUUUAGGCAAGCUUAGUCGAAGUAAAGAAUGAUGAAACCUUACUAUGUUGAGAAAUGUAUUAUUAUUACUUAUUAGCUCUCAUAAAAUGUUUUUGGUAUUUGAAAUAAAACGUAGUUAUUGUGGAGGGACUCAUGGAAAAUUCACAAAAUUAUCAUAUUCAAGAUAAAUGAGUAAAUGCAAGUAACCAUAAAUAAAUUCCGUUUUAGAAUUUAAGAUUAAAAUACCCUUUAGAUGUAAAUUCAUCUAAAUUCCGGUACCUUGGCUGCACUGUAACAGACACCAAUGACAGGGAAGAUGAAAUCGAAAUUCGUAUACAAAAUACCCUACGAUGCAGUGCAGCCCUACACCCUGUUCUCUCUUCGAAGCUACUAAGCAGGCGCACCAAGAUUCGGAUAUACAAGACUGUAGUCAGGCCGAUCCUAUUGUAUGGAUACGAAGCAUGGACGCUUACACAGAAAGAAGAGGUAAAACUUCUCGUGACGGAGCGAAAGGUAUUGAGAAAAAUACUAGGACCAGUUCGGAAAGAAGACGGUUCUUGGCACGUCCGGAAAAAUAAGGAUGUGGAGAGGCUUUUUGGUGAGCCAAAUAUUCUGGGGGAGAUGAAGGCACGGAGGCUCGGAUGGCUCGGACAUGUAGUACGUAUGGAGCAGGAUCGGGCUGUGAAACGGGUGUACACGGGUGUACUGGAGGGACGCCGCCCCGUAGGGAGGCCCAAGUACCGCUGGUGUGACGGUGUGGAAGGAAAUUUACGGGAGCUCCAAGUGUCGGACUGGCAAGGUGUUGCGCAGCGCCGGGAUGAAUGGCAAAGUUUAUUGUCGGAGGCCAAGACCAACUUCGGGGUCAUAGCGCCAGCUCGGUAGUAGUAGUAUGUUAUGAUUCAUAGCACGAUACAAAUAACUAAGUUAGUAGGAAAUAAAACAACCAUCCAUAUGUUGGUACACAAAAAUCUUAAAUUAAUCUUAAAAGGUGUAUUAUUAUCUAUGCGCAAAAAGAGUGAACGCUUUGCUAAAUUCACUUUUAGCGGGAAGUAGGUAAUUUUAAAUUAUAAUUGCCCGUCUUGCAAUGGCGGAUCCAGGGGUGGGGUCAUGGGGGUCAUGACCACCCCCUGAGCUGGUUCCAGGUGGACUUAGGUGGACCACUAAUUGAAUAUAAUGAUUUUAUUUAUAUAUUUUGUUACCAUACAGAUUUUAUGAAACUACAUACCUUCAAUAUUUAUCUAAUUUAAUAUAAUAACUUUGUAUAAUGGCAAACGUUUGGGAACAAACGCAUCUAAAUUUGACUAUGUGACCCCCUCCUGGCGCCAAAGCUGGAUCCGCCCUUGCCGUCUUGUUGGAUUCGCCCAAUCAAAGCACACGAAUUUAUAACAUUGUUAAAUACAUAUUUAGUGUAUUAGAUAUAUAAUAAAGUAAAUUAAGGAUCGUUAUCUAACGUGAUAAGGAGCGAGAACACAACGUUUAAGACUAUUCUUUUGUCCGCGUCUAUUUCAGUGUUCGCUUUUAAUUCUAAUGUAGGCAAUCCUUCUCAUCUCUGUAUAGGUACGUACCUUCUGUAUGCGACAAUGGUUUGUUAAGUAGUAUUUUCAAAAGACAAUAUUUUAAAAUGACUACUAUUGUUGUUGUACCAUUAAAAUAAACUUUCAAGUUACCUAAUCAGUAUUGUAAAUGAAAUUUCGUAAGCUACCUAUAACACUUUACCAUAUCUUUUUCUAUGGCACCUACCUACAUAGAGAAUCAUAGUUUUAAAACAAAAUACUACUUGAAUAUUUCAUAUGAGUACACACACAUUGUGUAAAUCGGUCCUCUAUUUAUUAUUCACCAUUAAUUUUACGAUUAUUCUUAAUAAAUUUUAAUUGUAAUAAGAAAGUAGAAAAAAAUAUUAUAUCAGGGCUUAUAAAAGUGCAUGUAAACAUAAUUGUCUUAGAUAAAUAAGUCAGUGACACAAUCUCCACUACAAUCCUGUUUACAGAAAAAAAAAAUGAGUGUGAUAAUUGAUAAUUACAGGAAAAUAUACAAAUUUUACAAUGUUUCUACAUCACUAUUGAUCCAUUAUUUAUGUAUUUAAUUUUUUAAAUGGCUUUUUACGUACCUAAUUAUCAAAUAUUUUGUAAGUAAUUUAAAAAAAUGCAACUAUGUAGUUUUGAUAUUAUUAAGAAAGUUAAAGAAAAUAUUUUGUACUUAAAAUGUGAAAUUACCAAAAAAAAAAACUUUAAUUACUAAUUAUAGAAAUGUUAGUAUUACGAAUUAACUGGUGUCCAAAUCGUUGUGAGUAUAAUAUUUUAUUGAUGUUUGAUGUUGAUUGUUGUGAAAAUAAAUGUUACAAAAACAA